AUGGCGAUCCAAACACUUGCAGUCGCCGUUAUCACGGUGGUGUAUUUCAUCAUUCGCUAUUUUAACCGCACCGAUAUCCCUAAGAUCAAAGGCCUCCCGGAGAUCCCUGGCGUACCCAUCUUCGGAAACCUCCUGCAACUAGGAGAUCAGCAUGCAACAGUCACGGGGAAAUGGGCAAAGAAGUUUGGACCGGUUUUCCAAGUGCGCAUGGGAAACAAGCGCAUCGUGUUCGCCAACAGCUUUGAAUCCGUCCGUCAAUUGUGGAUUAAGGACUCGUCCGCUCUGAUCUCCCGCCCGACUUUCCACACUUUCCACAGCGUUGUCUCCAGCUCACAGGGGUUCACCAUCGGAACAUCGCCGUGGGAUGAUUCCUGCAAGAAACGCCGUAAGGCAGCCGCCACUGCGCUGAACCGACCGGCCGUGCAAUCCUACAUGCCUAUCAUCGAUCUCGAAUCCAAUUCCAGCAUCAAAGAACUUUACCGGGACAGCCAGAAUGGCAAACGUGAUGUGAAUCCCACUGCAUACUUCCAGCGAUUUGCCCUCAACACCAGUUUGACUUUGAACUAUGGCUUCCGCAUUGAGGGGAAUGUGGAUGAUACGCUGCUGCACGAAAUUGUGAACGUGGAGCGUGGCGUGUCUAACUUCCGCAGCACUUCAAAUAACUGGCAGGAUUACAUUCCCCUGUUGCGAAUCUUCCCCAAGAUGAACAAAGAGGCCGCAGACUUCCGGGGUCGCCGCGAUAAAUAUCUGACCUACUUACUCGAUAUCCUCAAGGAUCGGAUCGCCAAGGGUACCGACAAGCCUUGCAUCACUGGUAAUAUCUUGAAGGACCCCGAAGCUAAGCUGAAUGAUGCCGAGGUGAAAUCGAUCUGCCUGACUAUGGUGUCGGCUGGUCUUGACACUGUUCCGGGUAAUUUGAUUAUGGGAAUUGCCUACCUGGCAUCUGAAGACGGUCAAAGAAUUCAGAAGAAGGCCUAUGAUGCGAUCAUGGAGGUCUACCCGGAUGGGGAUGCUUGGGAGAAAUGCUUGGUAGAGGAGAAGGUCCCCUAUGUAACUGCACUGGUCAAGGAGAUCUUGCGAUUCUGGACAGUCAUUCCUAUUUGUCUGCCACGCGAGAGCACCAAGGAUAUCCAGUGGAAUGGAGCCACAAUCCCUGCUGGCACGACUUUCUUCAUGAAUGCUUGGGCUGCCGAUUACGACGAAGAUCACUUCAAGGAUGCCGAUAAAUUCAUCCCGGAGCGUUAUUUGGAGGUCAACGAGGGCGCAGGUACUCCACACUACGCAUAUGGAGCUGGUUCACGGAUGUGUGCAGGCUCACAUCUCGCUAAUCGCGAACUGUUUACUGCUUUUAUCCGCCUCAUCACUGCUUUCCACAUGCACACGGCAAAAGAUGCAGCCGAUCGACCAAUCCUUAAUGCAAUUGAGUGUAAUUCGAUUGCGACAGCCUUGACAACCGAGCCAAAGCCAUUCAAGGUCGGAUUUAGUGCACGCGACCCUAAGAAGCUUGAGCAGUGGAUCGCCGAGAGCGAUGAACGCACCAAGGAUCUUCUAUACCAGUCUGUCUCAUUUGAUAAUUCCCCCGGGGUUCCAAGGUUUGUGGCGGUUUCCCCGGCAGAAUCUCCCCGCAUUUUCUCUCCGCACUUUUCUUCCUCUUCACCCUAUUCCAUUGAGUUGACAUCUGAUCGCUUUAAAUUGUCUUCAAUUGCAUCGCCUUGGAUGAUGAAUACCCCGCAUGUUUACCCUGCCCCCGAGAGCUGGGAUAACCCACAUUCGGUCGAUGAUACGAACGAUGAUCGCCCGCGGAAACGCCGCAAAUACAUCGCCAAAGCCUGCAACUUCAAGCUGCUUUUCGAUCAAAUGAGGGCCACGCAGGACCAGAUCUCCCAGUUGUCUGCCAGUAUUCGGUCAAUAGCCGGCAGCGAACAUUCUCCUGGGGGUAUUUCCGCUACCGGCACCUAUGGGCAGCUCCAUACUCAGCGUCCACUUAGACGCCUGUCAACAGCUAGAGAGACAUCAUUUCAAGGCCCGACGACAUCGGCCUUUAGUUUUGACCUUGCGAAAUCUAGCCUGCAGCAGCGCGGGAUUGUGGAACGUGCCGAGGCUGGCGACGAGGGCGAUAUGACUCAAGAACCUUCGCCGCUGGCGUCGCCAUCGGCACCAAAUAAGGAACUUGAAACACAACAGGCCCUCGAUCCACUUUGUGUUCUUCCCAAAGCCGAGGCACUUCGCCUUUGCCAAGUCUAUGAGGAGGAAAUGGGCAUCAUGUACCCGGUCCUGGAGCUUUCGGAGCUUUUGGACCAGGUUAAUCUUCUCUACGGGCCGAGGGACCGCGCACUUGGACCGACCGCCCAGCCCGAUGGACGGAAUGGACUGUUUCGCGAAGACGUCCAUAUCCUACGUGUAGUUUUUGCGUGUGCGUUGACCGCUGAAGCCAGUGGUCGGAGUGAACAGGCUAUUGCUCUUUUUGACAGUGUACGAGAAGUUCAGGACAAUUGUGUCUGGGGUCCGCCCGAAAUCAAGAACAUCAUAUUUCUGACUCUCGUGUCAAUGUUCUAUUUUCAAAUAGAUGAGGAAAUUUUGGCGUGGCGCACUGUUGGUAUUGUUGAGCGCAUGUGUCUCGAAAAAGGUCUUCAUCGGCGGGAAACUCUAAAUCAACCGGCAAUCAUGGCUGUUGGGAAGGAUCGCGUUUUGCGACUCUUCUGGUCUGUAUAUAUUUUGGAUAUGCGUUGGAGCUUCGGGACUGGAAUGCCAUUUGCUCUGGAAGAUACAGAUAUUGACCCUUGGCUACCAGAGCCGGCCGAGAAAACGCCCUAUCUGCGCGUGAUGAUCCGGUACAGCCGGAUCGCAGCGAAGGUAUGGAAGUUUAUAUCAGCAUUCAACAACACGAACGAAAUCAAAAAGGAAGAGAUGAACUAUUUGGAUUGGCAGGUGUUGCGUUGGGUGCAUGCCAUUCCAGACUCGUUGCGGCUCGAACAUCCGAGUUCUGCGGAGUCUGAGACUGCUACCGAAGGCUCACGGAGCCUGCGCAGACUGCGUGCUCUCCUUUAUCUUCGUGCUAAUCAGCUACGCAUGCUCAUUCACCGUCCCGUCCUUCAUACUUCAGCGCAUGUUAUGCGGUAUCCAGGCGAAUCAGAAACCGUGGUGAAAAUCGCCAAAGAUACAAUUCGCUUCAUUACCCGCUUGAACGAUACAUCGGACAUCUACCAUUUACAGCAGGUGGCUUUUAAUUGGUUCCUCGUCUCAGCACUUGCAGCGUUAUUCCUGGCAGUAGCCCAGGCUCCAACGCAAUUCAGUGGAUCAUGUAAGGAGGAGUUUUACUGGGCAUUGGAGCUGGUCAAAGGAGUUUCAGCCCAGUCUUAUAUCUCUCGCCGACUAUGGAGGUCUAUUCGAAGCCUCCGUAAGCUUGGUCCUCAAUUGGGUCUGGGGCUUCAGAAAAAGCGCCUGAAUAUCGAAGCGGGAGUCGAAAGUGACCAUUCAAAUGUCCACGGUUCCCCCGCAUUACCCCCUUCUGCCAGUAGCCAGAGUCAGACACCGCAAGACGGGGAACAGAUGACACAGGAGUUGAUGGAGUGGUUUGAAGCCGUGGGGAAUCUGGAGGACCAAAUCAUGGGCAUGGGGACGGGCCCUAUGCCAAAUGGAGGACCUUACCAGCAAAUGUCCGACGGGGGGUUUGUGUUUGAUUACGGCGAAGAAUUGUCAAGUGUGAUGAGAGAUUUCUUCUGA